AGUUUCUGACUCAAACUUACGAAACCUUUCACAUGAGUCCACUUUUUCCCCUCAAAAGGUGGGGGUGAGAAAUGCACUUAAAGAAAAAUACAACCCAACCCACUUGAUUCAGUGCAUGCCUGCCAUACUAGUCCCCAUAGAUACUUCCCAACUUUCAGCUAAGACAUCACAGAAUUCAAAACACACAACAACAAACAUCUAUGCCCAGAAUUUCAGAAUCCCUUUAACAAAUGGCCAUCAACAACAAAUCCAAAAAGUCAAGUUCACCUUCUCAUUUUAAUCUCUGCAUCACCCUUUUCUUCAUAGUCCUCUUCACCAUACCAGCUUUUUUCCUCCUCCAUUCUUCCACCACCACCUCCACAUGCACCACUUUUGCAAAGGCCUGGUCAGGUGACCUUCGUCUAGCUGAGUUUGCAUGGAACCGCCUCCAAUUUUUUGAAGAUAACAAGCCUUCACCCAUAUCACUCAAAAUUGCUGUCUUCUCUAGAAAAUGGCCUAUUGGAACAACACCUGGUGGCAUGGAACGCCAUGCCCACACCCUUCACACUGCUUUAGCACGCCGUGGCCAUCAAGUUCAUAUCUUUACCUCUCCCCCACAAGAUGAAGCCACUUCAAUCUCAUCUUCUUCAGAGAUAAACAAUCAUCAAGCAGGUGCACCCUCUUCACCUUACAUCCAUUGCCAUGAAGGGGAGCCUGGUAGGUGGCGCUACAACAAAGCAUGGGAACAGUUUCAGGAAGUAAACCAAAGAGAACCGUUUGAUGUUGUUCACUCAGAAAGUGUUGCACUCCCUCACUGGCUUGCUCGUGACCUUUCAAACCUUGCAGUGUCUUGGCAUGGCAUAGCCCUUGAGAGCUUGCAAUCAAGUAUUUUUCAGGACUUGGCUCGUAGAAAUGAUGAGCCUAGAUCACCUGAUUUUGACAAAAGCGUACAAGGGGUUAUCCCUAAGGUGCUGAAUGAGAUAAGGUUCUUCCAUAAUUAUGCACACCAUGUUGCUAUAAGUGAUAGUUGUGGUGAGAUGUUAAGGGAUGUGUACCAAAUUCCCAGCAGAAGAGUCCAUGUGAUUAUCAAUGGUGUUGAUGAGGAUGACUUUAGAGAAGAUGUGGAAUUGGGAAGAGAAUUUAGAAUCAAAAUUGGGAUUCCAAGCAAUGCUAGUUUGGUACUUGGUGUAGCUGGAAGAUUAGUGAAGGACAAAGGCCAUCCUCUGCUUCAUGAAGCAUACUCAAGGCUAAUAACCAAGCACCCUAAUGUGUAUUUGAUUGUAGCUGGUUCUGGACCAUGGGAGAAUAGGUACAAGGAUUUAGGAAGCCAAGUUCUUGUUCUUGGGUCAAUGAAUCCUUCCAUGUUACGAGCAUUCUAUAAUGCUAUUGACAUUUUUGUCAAUCCUACACUCAGACCACAAGGACUUGAUCUUACUCUAAUGGAGGCAAUGAUGAGUGGGAAGCCCCUUUUGGCAUCAAGGUUUCCAAGCAUCAAAGGUAGUAUUGUGGUUGAUGAUGAAUUUGGUUACAUGUUCUCUCCCAAUGUGGAGUCCUUGUUGGAGGCACUCGAAGCAGUUGUGAAGGAAGGCAAAGAGAGGCUAGCAAGAAGGGGAAAAGCAUGCCGUGAAUAUGCAACUUCCAUGUUUACAGCAAGAAAGAUGGCGUUAGCAUAUGAAAGGCUAUUCCUAUGCAUAAAAAGGGAUACCUUUUGUAGCUAUCCUUGAGGCUUAGGCUAGACAAUAUUCUUUUUCUUUCUGUCCUUGUUUUUUUUCUGUUUCUUUUGUUCAGUAUGACAUGACUAUACAAUAAUUUUCAAUAAUUUAUCAAUUUGAAAUAUUGUUCUCGUAAUUAGAAUUUCUUGUAUCACUUUACCCACAUUAUAGCUUCCAUCUUCGAUAUAUGAUGAUGGUUACAGUAGACAAUAAAUAAAGGAGCUCUAAUUACUGAGAGUUAUAUCAAACACUAAUUUCAUCCAUCAAAAGGAGAACUGAUAUUUCAUAUUAUAUGUGGGUAUAAAAUUGCUCCUUCACGGAUACAUAAAAAUCAAUAGACAUGAUAUUUGAAAUGUUGCACCAUAGACAAAUGCCAAAGAUUCAGAACAUAAUAAAGAUAAUCCAAGUCAGAGAGAAAAUAGCACAAGUACUUUUUUAGGCUUCUUAGAACGCCAAGAUGAGUCUGUUUCUACUUCAAGCCUUCAAGCAUUAAGGAAAAUUCUUAGCAAAAGUUCUUGUUUUAAGGUCACAAAGUCGAUUAAGCUUGUGUUGUGUUCUCAGUAAAGAAACAAGGGGUCCUAAAUUGCAGAACUUAGUAGUCAAAGACUAGUUUUCUUUUUUUUCUGCCCAAAAAAAAAAAAAAUUAGUUGCCUUCUAGGCUUCUAGCAGCUAGCCUUUGUAAAUAAAUUUCUUUUGAAAAGUUACUCAAAGCAUAGCUAGGAGUACUGCACUAUUAUCUUUGGAUCCAAGAUGCCUCAAGCAAUGCCAAAACAUAGCUCCUGCCUCCUGAUUAUACAAAGCAUAGUAUUUAUGUCCUCACUUUGACCAAGGUCAUGGUUGCAAAACAUGAACACUUCAUGAAGGUCCGGAUAUUCAUUGACGCAUAUUUCCUCAAACCUCAUGCACCCAAAGCUUCCAUCCUUAUUUACUUUUCAUUCUUCUUUUUUUCUUUUUUUUUUUCUUUUUUUUUUUUUAUUUGUUUGGUGCAUCGUGAGAGGGAGAAACAAAAGCCUCACCCUUUUUGCCUCGAAAUCUAGAUCUCUCCUCAUAUUACACUAGAA